AUGCACGCUCCGGGUGUGCUAACUCGGCAAGCACUAGGAAAACUCUUCUCCGAUUGGAUCCGCCCAAAUCAACCUGUCGAUCAGCCUUUAGAAACUUCUAGGCUGCCAAGCUUGAGCUGUUUAAGACCGAUUUUGGAAGCCUUUUUUGUUGGAAGAUUAGUGUUCCGGUGCACGUUUGGUGUGCAUCUCCGAGAGGUGGGCCCUUUACAGGUGAAUUCAACGCACAGCCAAAUGCCGCGCCACAAUGACCAGAAUUCACCGGUACAAAAGGAUGCCUUUUUCGCGUUUUGUGUCUUUCUUUGA